UGCAACGAAGGUGCCUUCGGCACCGAGAGGCGAUGCGUCUUCGACCGGGAUGUCUUCGAUGUCGGCACUGUGCUGUGGAACGACACCCGGAUGAUUGAUGUCGUCAAGGCCAAGGUACGAUGUUGGAACGCGAGGUACGGGUGUGACUUCAGUGGCCCACUGCGAGGUCUGCUGGAUCACUUCGAGCAGGACUGCUCUUUCCACGCGGUCACUUGCCCGCGUUGUCAGAACAUGCAACUGCGCUCAAAGCUGGCAGCCCAUUACCGCGGUGGCUGCGUGGCACCUCCCACCACCACCUCCAGGCGGAGCCACCAACUCGUGAGCGGCAGCGCCUCUGGCGGUGGACGAGGCGCAAUGCCACCUGCUCCCAUACAAGACACUCUUGCAGCGUUCGAGUCUAAGAUGAACGAGCUACUGGAACACACGCGAGCGCUGGGCACCCGUACGUCGCUCCUUCAAGCUGACAUGAGCAACGCCAGGGAGGUGCUGGCGAGGCUAGUCCCCGAAGCUGCCACCGGAGAAGGCGUCGACCUGCUGGGCGGCAGUUCUUCCGUCCAUAUCUCCGCAUCUCGGCGAAUCGAGUAAUGGCCUCCGGACGCGAAUCCACCUCUGCUACUAGGGCGACGCCACGACCGUCAUCUUGUCUCUCCAUGCUUCGUCUCAAGCGGAAGUGCACCUUGAGCAUUGCAUUUAGAAAGGGCGACGCCCUACACUCCGCUGAUGCCGCGCUGUCGUCGCCGCUGGACCCGGAGGUGUGGACGACCCGAUGUGCUACUCCCGGACGGCACGUGUAACGCUAAGCUGGUCCUGCUGGAGGAAAACUCCGCUCUGAGCGUCUACGGGGCUGCCGACCAGUGCGUAGACGUGUUGAACCCGUGGGUUUUGCGGUCGGCGGCACUGAAGAGACCACGCAAGUUGUUCCCACUGGGAGGUCGUCAGUUACUGACACCAACCUGGGUGGUGUCGCGACAGAGCCGAGCCUCUUUGCUCGACGAAGGAUUCGACAGGUUCCGGUCAUACCCGUUCGAAGAUCUGUGUGGGCGCGGGUUCUUCUCCGACAGGGACGAAGAGGUCGUGGUCUUGACAGUCAAGUUGGUGCGCAAGUUUGACAUGCUUUAAGGUGACACCAAAGGCAGUUGAGUACUAUGUCGUGUACGUUUUCUUCGCUUCUGGUCACUUAGGUUUAGUCACUAAGAUUAUUUUUCUUCCUAGUAUGGGAAAAUGGGCGCUGUCGUGUGUUCUAUGUAUGGAAAUGCCUGGUUGCGGUAGGCUUUGUAUUGGCUUCUUUGAGAAUCAAGACAUCGAGUAGACGCGCCUGACUAACAGCAGUGGCUACUGUCGCAAUGGUUUAUUACGACAGCCUGUGAAAUGCCUGUUCUUUUUUUUUCUUUAAAUUAUCUAAACAACUUUUUUAAAAAAAACGUUGAGAACUUGUGUGGCUUUGUACAUAUUUAUUGAUUUAUUCAUGUACCUCCCACUGCAGACUUGUACGUCACGUAUUACGUGUUAUUACUUACUUGGAAUUAAUUACGUUUCUUGAUAAUUCUGUAAUUUAUGGAAUAAUUUGUUUACUCGGUAACACUCACGGUAACUCAAUUACUUUUUUUCAAUAACCAAUUACGUGUAACCUGUUCUAUUUAUAUUAAACAAGCUCUGGCAGGCUGACGCAGUUUCAAGCACUUGAAUCUGGUGGGAACUAUGGAGGCCAAA